AUGAUCGGAUACUUCUUAUCCUCCGUGGAUUUUACCUCAUCGGCGUCUACUCAGGCGGUCAUGGUUCGAAUCCUCACUAUCCUUAUGGUUCUGAGACCUACAUGGUCCGAACUGUCUGGUGAUGAAAUAUACAUAGACACUCCCAAUCAACAUUCCAUAACAGAAGAAUUUGAUAUAACCAUUCCAAAAUUUUACGACCUAGAAGGACAACAUGUCUCCCAUGAUCAGUUAAAUCAUCAUUUCCAUCAACAACAAUUCCAUUACCAUAGCAACAGAGAAAGACGGGAUACCUCAUAUCAAAAACAUAACGUGAGUGUGUUACAAGCGGAAGUGGAAGGCUUCGGACAUAAGUUUCAAGUAAAGUUAUGGCAGAAUCAGCAUUUGUUAGCACCAGGCUUCAAAGUGUAUAGGCGUCGUAGCCAAAGACAUGAAGACAUGCAAGAAGAUCAAGCGGAGACAACUCGUGCCUGGUCACAAUCGCAGUGCCAAUAUACCGGAAGUGUAACUUCACACAGUGAUGCACCAGCCUCGAUUUCAUUAUGUGAUGGCGUUAGCGGAGUGAUAAGAACAGCAGAAGAGGAUUUCAUAUUGGAACCAAUCAAGCGGCACAGAGUACGCGGGAAACAAGGUCAAGGUCGUCCACAUAAAAUCACACGACGUUCAUCGAGACAAGACAAAAAUCAGUACUGCGGUAAACAGACGCGAGAAAGAAAGGCUACUUUUGACAUGCGGACAGGCGUUGUUAAAGAGAUUCAGCAACAUGAUAUUAGAAAGAGAUCAUCACCUUUCAAUUUCCGCUUCCGGUCACCGCAUCUGGUACCGGAAGAAAGGACGGUGGAGACUUUGGUCGUGGUUGAUAAAACCAUGUAUUAUAAGCAUGGGGAUGAAAACAUUACAACAUACACUCUCACACUGUUUAAUAUGGUAGCUGAUUUGUAUAAAGAUUCAAGUCUGGGAAACAAACUGGAUAUUGUUUUGGUCGGUCUCAUUCUGCUGGAGGGAGAUGAGAAAGGUCUUGAGAUUGGUUACCAUGCCGACAAGACGCUGAACAGCUUCUGCUCCUGGCAGUCAGUGUUGGUGGGACCAAAGGGGAGACAACACGAUCACGCUAUUCUUCUCACGGGCAUGGAUCUGUGCUCCUACAAAAACGCUCCGUGUGAUACUCUUGGUUUUGCCCCUAUAGAAGGUAUGUGUAAUCGGAUAAGGAGCUGCACCAUUAAUGAAGACACCGGACUCUCCACCGCUUUUACAAUCGCCCACGAAAUGGGACACAAUUUUGGAAUGUUUCACGACGGCGAAGGUAAUUACUGUACCCAAUCUGCCGGAACUAUCAUGUCACCGACCCUGAUGGGCAAGGAUGGUCUGUUCCACUGGUCAAUCUGUAGUAAAGCCUACUUAAUGCGUUUUCUCAAUACUCCACAGGCAAAAUGUCUCUCUAACAAACCAAAACAUGUAGCCGAACUGACCUUUCCGGACAAACUGCCAGGAGAACUCUACAAUGCUGAUGUCCAGUGUAAGUGGCAGUUCGGACAUCGCGCCAAACUCUGUACCUAUGACUUCGGAAAGGAGUCUUCUGUACGUCCACAGGACAUCUGUAAAUCCCUGUGGUGUUACCGUGGAAAGAAACGAUGUGAAACCAAGUUCCUCCCGGCAGCUGAAGGCACCUCAUGUGGUUCUGGUAUGUGGUGUCGACAGGGUGAGUGCGUCAAGUUUGGUCAGGAUGGUCCGGAGCCUAUUGACGGCCAGUGGUCAGCUUGGGCGGAGUGGUCAGAUUGUUCCCGAUCUUGUGGAGGCGGAGUGACUGUAAGAGAAAGGGAAUGUAACCGACCACUUCCACAAUACGGUGGUCGGCCAUGCCCAGGACAAGACCAAGUGUUCAAGAUGUGUCGGAUGGAAGAAUGCCCGGAUGGUGAUGAUGACUUCUAUGCGGUUCAGUGUACCUCUUACGACAAAAAGCCUUUCAGAGGAUGGUACCUAAAAUGGAAGCCCCAUAAGAAACUUCAAAACGUUCGUGAGCCUUGUAAGCUGCACUGCAUUGCUGAAACAUUCAACUAUGUUUUUACCAUCACACAUACUGCGGUCAACGGAAUGCGAUGUCAGGGUGAUAACAAUAUCUGUGUGGAGGGCACCUGUAAGCCAAUCGGAUGUGAUUUAAUAUUGGGAUCCAAUUCGUCUAAUGAUGCAUGUGGCGUCUGCAAGGGAGAUAACUCUACCUGCAGAAGAAUGACCGGAGAAUAUUUGGAGCAGCCCAAAAUGAACACGUACUUUCCGGUCGCCAUUCUUCCAAUGAAUUCUCGAUCAAUACGCAUCUUUGAAAAAUCCUUAACUUCCAAUUACAUAGCGAUACGCGAUAUAUUUGGGAAGUAUUACCUAAAUGGACAGCGUCGGGUAGCAUGGCCAGGAGAAUAUACAUUCGGAGGAGCUAGGUUUUAUUAUCGGCGUGCGUACGACGAGCCUGAAAUUCUCGAGAGCGCUGGACCGCUGACCGAGGAUCUUGUGAUAGAGAUUCUUGUCCAAGACCAAAACGCAGGGAUUGUGUACGAGUAUUAUAUGCCUCGUCCCCCUAACGACACGAGGGUCGUGACGAAAACGCCAAAGGUCUUUACUUGGAGUAUAUCGGUAUCCUCAUGUAGCGAGCCAUGCGCAGGGGGGACGAAGACUGUCACUGCUCUUUGUCAUAGAAACUUGUAUCAAGAAGUGAACUCGACCGAAUGCGACCAGAGUGAGAAACCAGAAACUGGCGUGUUUCCCUGUAACGAGGUGGCUUGUCCCCCGAGAUGGAUACCCGAAGAAUGGCAGACCUGUACUAGAACUUGUGGGGGAGGUCAUCAGAAGCGGAAGAUCUACUGUCGACAGAGGAUUUCUUCAACCAAGAACAAAAAGUUACGGCGGGCGUCCUGUUCUCACCUGCCACGCCCUCUCCGGUCACGGCGAUGUAACGAACAAGAAUGCCAUCCAGACUGGCACGCUGGUAAAUGGUCAAAGUGUUCAGUCAGCUGUGGUAUAGGUGAACGAACACGCAAGGUCACGUGUCGGCAGCGCCUGCGGAAGGGUUAUAAACUUCUACAGGAAACCAAUUGCCAGGCAUCCAAACCGGAUAUCAUCAAAACGUGUCGGAAAAGGGCGUGUCCUAAUAGAGAUAAUAAUGACUGGCACCUGUCACCAUGGGGACCGUGUUCUAAAACUUGUGGGAGAGGGGUUCGAUCGCGUUACCUAAGAUGUCGACAAAAAAACUUAACGGGUGCACGUAAAUAUGUACCUGUCAACAAUAGUCUUUGCGAGACGGUUCCCAAACCAAGCGUCGCCAUGACGGAACCCUGUCAACUGAUGGUUUGUCCAAUGUCGCUGGUCUGGUCCCUGCGAUGGACGGUGUCAGCAUGGUCCCAGUGUUCGGUGACCUGUGGUGACGGAGAACAAAGAAGACAGGUAAAGUGUGUCAGUUACAGGGGUGAAAGAGUCAGCGGAUGUGACUCGGAAACAAGGCCAGUGGCGUCAAGGAACUGUCGAAGUGCUAGCUGUGUUCAGACUGGAUCAGGAUGUAAUGAUAAAUAUUCUUGGUGUCAUCUUGUCCCUGAACAUAACGUCUGUGAUCAUGACUUCUACGGACUUAACUGCUGCGCCACCUGUAAAAGUCGUAGAUAGUAAAAUGUGGCCUUAUUGUUUCCUCAAUUUUGCAUACGUUUUUGAAGGACUU